UUACAUAACCACGCUCCUGGACCAAAACCCCCAAAACCGUACCAGUAAUCUAGUUAUAUACUAGUACUUGAUACACACUGCUACCUCUUCCUUCGUCACAAACCAAAAAUAGAUCACUGAAUCUUGAAUCUACUCCCUCUCAACCCCUAUUUCCACGCCCCCAUCUUCGACCAUCUCUCAUACUAAUGGGCCCCUCUAUUACACACACACACAGAGUGAUAGAAGGAGCUGAAUAAUGGCUGAAUCUGUGAAUCAAAGAUGAUGAUCACCGCCAGCAACGCUGAGCUCCCGGCGAUUAUAUUCUCCGAAUUAGAUCUUUUGCACAAACCGCCUUAUAAUACUCGUAAACCGUCUCGUCGGAAAACGAACAACUUCGCCGCUGCCGGAGUGAAGUUGCGAGGAACUCCUAAUGGGAGGAGAAGCAGGCCUGAAACUCCUCUUCUCCGCUGGAAGUUCAAGGACAAUGCCUCUAUAAAGGAAGAAACUUCGCCAUCGGAGCUUGAUCGGAAAUGUAGCCGGAGUGUGGUUUCCGCUAGGAAGUUAGCUGCUGGACUGUUUAAGCAGCAGCUUCCGGAAGUCAACCACGGUCAAAACUUAGGGUUUCAGGCUGGUCGGGUUGAGGUGCCCUUUCAUUGUCAUCAUCGCAGUAAAGUGCAUGACUCUCACAUUAAUUCAGUUCCGAGUCCUCGAUCUGUCUUUGGUCCAUUAAAUGGCCAUUUUCACAAGCUAGAACCCUCGCUUCAGUUUUCCCACUCUGCUAUGGAGGGGGCUACAAAGUGGGAUCCAGUUGGCUGGACAACAGCGGUGGAAACAAAUAAGGUAUACGGCUAUGAGAAGGUUCUUGAUCAACAAGUGAAUACUGCUUCAAUGAUUUCUUCCCUUGAGGCAGAACUAGAAUGCGCUCGUGCCAGAGUUCAUCAACUUGAGACAGAACGGCAGUCAUCAAAAAAGAAACUCGAACAGUUUUUGAGGAAACUUAGUGAAGAAAAGGCAGCAUGGCGAAGCAGAGAUCAUGAGAAAAUUCGUUCAAUUAUGGAUGACAUGAGAGCUGACUUCUCCCGAGAGAGGAAAAACCGAAAGAGGCUGGAAAUAGUCAAUUCCAAAUUAGUUAAUGAGUUGGCUGAUGCCAAGUUAUCAGCAAAACGCUAUCUGCAAAAUUACGAGAAGGAAAGGCAGGCUAGAGGGUUGAUAGAAGAAGUGUGCGAUGAAUUGGCCAAAGAACUUGGAGAAGACAAGGCUGAAGUUGAGGAAUUGAAGAGGGAAUCUCUGAAGUUCACAGAGGAAGUAGAUGAAGAAAGAAAGAUGUUGCAGAUGGCUGAGGUUUGGCGUGAGGAGCGGGUUCAGAUGAAACUAGUUGAUGCUAAGGUGAUGCUUGAAGAGAAGUAUUCCCAGAUGAAGAAACUAAUUGGAGAGCUAGAAUCAUUUCUAAGUUCUAGAGGUAAGAGUUUGGAUGUGGAGGAGAUGAAAAGAGCCGAACAACUCCAACAGGCAGCUGCCUCUUUGAAUAUUCGUGAUAUUAGAGAACUCACGUAUGAACCUUCAAAUCCAGAUGAUAUUUUCUCCAUUUUCGAAGAUGCUCAUUUCGUUGAACCUGAUGAAAGGGAGAUCCAGCCAUGUACUGCAUAUAGUCCUGCAAGCCAUGCCUCCAAGCUUCGCACUCUCAGUCCUGAUGGUGAUGUUUACAACUUCGACAAACAUUCUCAUGCAUAUGUCAAUCAGAAUGAUUAUAUAGAGGAAGAGGGAAGUGAGUGGGAAACAGUUACUCAUCUUGAGGAGCAAGGCUCUAGUUAUUCUCCUGAAGGAAGUAUUUCAUCCGUCAACAAGUAUUGUCGGCACAGCAAUGUAUCAAGAAGUGGAGCAGGCUGGGAGAGAUUUGGUGGUGAUGGCACACCGGUUUCGGAAAUUAGUGAAGUAUGUUCCGGACCAGCUCAGCAACUUACAGAGGUGUCAUCUGUAUCUAGGUUUCGGAGAUCAUGCCCACGCAAUGGAGACAAGUUCAAAAUAAAAUCACUAGAAGGAACUAAUGGGAGGCUGUCAAACGGAAGGCUAUCGAAUGGGGCCAUUCUUUCUCCACAUCAUGGUUCGAGUAAAGGCGGCUUUAGCCCUUCGGACCUAGGAAGCCAGUGGAGCUCACCUGACUCGAGCAAUCCACGAAUAGCACGCGGAAUGAAAGGAUGCAUUGAAUGGCCACAUAACUCUCAGAAGAAAAGCUUAAAAGCAAAGUUAUUGCAGGCAAGCACAGAGAGCCAGAAGGUCCAGUUGCGCCAGGUCUUGAAGCAGAAGAUCUGAGAGAGAGUUCUGAAUACCUGAACAUGAGGCCUCCUGUCAGUAGGUGUAUCAGUAAAACUAAAACAAAAUUCAAAUAUUUUUCCGAGAAUAGUCUGCUAACUGGAAUUUGUUGGAGAAUCAUGUCUAUGUAUCGAUAAAUAACUUUGUCGUCAAAGCUAUAAGAAUUUACUGUAAUUUCAACGGUGUAUUAUUUUGGUAUUUCUUUAAGUUAUGACUUGGGCCGUUUAUUACCAA